UGCACCUAGUGAGACGACGCAUAUACGGACCAAUAUCCUCUUCUCAAUAUGUGGCUAAGCCUCUGGCUGCCCGGUGUUAAUUACCUAUUCUCACUUACCUCGCGUCGAUGGGAAGUUAAUUACCUACCUACCCUAGGCAACUAGGUUGCUAAGUACCUAAGAUAUCGAUUAACUCCUUCGAACGCCUCUCGCGGUCUCGGUAAACUAAUCCGCACCGCGAGCUGAACUUCCUUUGGGUUAUUGCAAGCCACCGCCCUAAGAGAAUCGUGCAUGCAGCAAGAAAUUCACCAAUCAAGUAACGCCCGCUUGCAUUCUAUUAUGUCACUGUAAUUAACGGACACGGAGGUGCUGACCGACGAUCAUUUUGAGAGGACGAGGCUCUGGGCUUGGUGUGUCUUGUACUGACCGAGGAAAUCUGGACAAAAUGUCUGUCUCACGCCUCUAUCUGACCUAUUCCACUUGAUAUCCUAUCCGCUCUCCGUGAAAUCAAUUACUUAGUCGAAAUAUCGCGUUAGUGCACAUGGAUGACCACAGGUCUUCCUUGGGCUAUUCGCUACCUAUCCCAAUGUCGACAUUGCGUCCACGCAAAUCUGACAAUGAUACUGAACCAAUCGAGUUCAUCCCCCCUGCAGGGGCAAACCGUAAUGAGCAAAUAGAUAGAAGACGCCGCAACAAUCAAGGAAUCAUUGAAAACCCCUUAGUCCAUCUAAACGACGAAGAACUUCUACAGGAUGUCUUGGUAUUCUGGCAGGAAUGUUUACCGACUGUUGAUCGGGAUGAACUAAUUAGAGCAGCCAGGGUUGCCCAGAAUGCCCGUUCGUAUGACGAGAUUGCUAGGUCUACAAGCCCAGACCCAAAGACUGCCUCUAACGAAGAUGGUUACAACCCCCUGGUACAGCUUAGAGAAGAAGAGAAAGCUGCACUGAUAGCCGAGAAGGACUCUCUUUUCUCCGAGAAGAAUAUGUUUAUCGUCAUUCUUACCGUCUCGCUUGCCGCCUUUCUACAGGGUUUUGUACAGUCUUCUAUCAAUGGAGCCUCGCUAUACCCGGAACAAUUUCACCUGAACAUAACAACAGGACCUAACACUCCACCCGAGGCGGAUACCUACAAACUCGGGGCGGCUAAUGCUUCUCCCUUUUUCUUUGCCGCACUGCUGGGUUGCUGGUUGUCCCUGCCCAUCAACGAUCUAGUUGGUCGUCGAGGAGCGAUGACUAUAGCCGCGAUACUGAUACUUGCUAGUUCAUUGGGUGCAGCUUGGUGUUUGGAUUGGAAAAAACUGUUGCUAGUACGCAUGGUAAAUGGCAUCGGGAUGGGAGUCAAGGCUGUUAGCACACCUAUCCUUGCAUCUGAGACAGCAGUUGGUUUCUGGAGAGGAAGCGCCAUCCUCGCGUGGCAAUUAUGGGUCGCUUUUGGGAUCAUGAUGGGCUUCGCGUUUAACCUUAUCUUCUACACGACAGGAAAUUCGAAGUUGACCGUGCAGUUGAUCCUGGGUUCCCCUUGUGUUCCCGCAGUAUUCCUCCUUAUAGGGUUAUAUUUCUGCCCGGAGAGCCCUCGGUAUUAUAUGAGGCAGAGGACGUCCAGUUACAAUCCCCAGAAAGCAUAUGAAAUUCUGCUAAAACUUCGAAAAACGGAACUCCAAGCCCUCCGUGAUGUUUACUUAGUUUAUAAGUCCGUCCAACUCGAAGAAUACUCGGAUGACAUCGACGAUGGCCCUCCUAAGGGGCUUUUCGGUCACCUUGAGAAUUACGUUUCUCAAUACAGACAGCUCUUUACCCAGCGAAGACUGAGAAAUGCUGCGAUAAGCAGUUCAAUAGUCGCGUUAUCCCAGCAAUUAUGUGGUAUCAAUGUGCUUGCGUUCUACUCAGGUACGCUGUUCAGUGGCAUUACGGGCGCCGCUCAUAACCUAAGCAAGACACAAACUAUACGCGACCCGAUGCUCUAUAGUUUCGGAUAUGGGGUUGUCAACUUCGUCUGCGGUCUUCCAGCAAUCAAGACCAUCGAUACGCUUGGCCGGCGUAAGUGGCUUGUUAUAACCUUGCCUGUGAUGACCCUCCUUAUGCUUGCCGCGGCGAUGGCAAGCCUCAUGCCAAAGGAGGAAAAGACACAGAGGAUUGCGGCCAUUGCCUGUUCGCAGCGGUUUACGCACCAGGACUGGGCCCUAUCCCAUUUACCCUCGCAUCUGAAAGGCGACUUCCCCCUUUCCCACCGCGAAGCCGGCGCCGCCUUCGCCAUCUCAAUAAACCUCCUCUUCGCGGGCUUCAUCCAACUAUUCUUCCCGAGCAUCUACGCCGGGCUCGACGACAAAGGCUCUUUAGGUCUCUUCGCAGGGCUGAACUUCGUCGCCUUCAUCCUCGUCUUCCUCUUCGUCGAGGAAACCAAGCGCCGGUCUCUCGAAGACCUAGACCUGAUCUUCGCCUUCCGCAAGCGCGAUUUCGUCCGCCACCAGCUGACGAAGUACCUACCCUGGUUCUUCCGACGCUAUGUUCUCCGCCGUAGAGAGCGGAAGCCGUUGCUGUAUAGGGACUUGAUAUGGGGCGCGCCGCGGGCUGAGAUGGGCGUGGAUCGGGACUGGAACUGGGAGCCGACUUCUGCCACUGCUGCGGGGGGCGAGGGCCGCGGGUUUGGUCGCGAGGAGAGUAUCUCGCCUGAGUUCCCUCGCCGGCCUUCUGGAUUUACGGUACCGGAACACGUGGGAAGGGUCUCGGAGGACUCGAUCGAUUCCGCGCAUAGGUAG